AUGAGAGCCCUGCCUACUUACUUAUAUCCUCCACUUUCGACCUACGCGAUCUUCCAAACCUCCCCUAAGAACCUCACCCAACCCCAUUUGCUUCACCUAAUCCUCACCAUGUCAAUCAGAAAACUUACAGUUGAAGACUUUGAACCUGCCGUUAAAUGCAUCACAGCCUGCUUUGAGUCCGAUGAGGUCGACCGGUAUCUGUCGCAUUGUGACGGCCGUACAGAGGCCGAGGCCCGCAAACUCGAUGAAGAAAUCUUCGGAUAUAUCAUAUACGCCCAUCUGAUGAACGGACUGGUCAUCACCAUUGGCGACUUUGAAGGUAUUGCCUGUUGGAUGCCCCCCGGAAAGAACAUGGACGACUGGUGGACCAUUUUGCGAAGUGGUAUGUGGCGUGUCAACUUCAAGUUUGGCGCCGAGGGCCGAGCCCGAUACUUCAACGAAUUCCUGCCCUUGCUCAACGAGACCAAGGCCCGGAUUUUGGGCCCCGAACGAGACCAGAACUCGUGGUACCUGGUGUACCUUGGAACGUUACCUACUGCUCGAGGCAAGGGCUACUCUCGAAAGCUCGUCGAGUACGUUACCGCCAUGGCUGACGCUGACUUCCUCUACUGCUAUCUCGAGUCUUCUGCCUUUGAGAACCGGGCCAUCUACGAACGAUUUGGAUUCACAUACAAGGAUACCAUCCACCUGAAACGAAGUGAGGAGCCUAUCCCUCUGGAGAUUAUGGUGCGAGAACCCAACCCCAUCAUUCCGGAGCGGGCUCUGCGAAAACCUGCCAUCAAGGCCGACUCUCCCAAGCUCCAGGUCCAGCACGUGGAGGACAUGGUAGAGCAGCGCAGUAUGGCCACUGCUGCCAAGAUCUAG